UUGGGCGCCUGAGCCGGGCUCCGUCCGUGGCCGUGUGUCCAGGGAGAAUCGUCCCGGGGCUUUUCGUGUGGUGCCCGGGAACGCCGGCGGUGUGCUGCUGAGCGACUAAUGCUUUGCAGCGGGGAAAAGAGCCCUCCCGCGGGGCUGUACCUGAUCUUGUUCUAGACGCUGCAAAAUAAACUGCAAUACUUGUAGACCAUGGCUGCAGAUCCACUCUCAGAGCUUCAGGAUGACCUGAACUUGGAUGAUACCAACCAGUCCCUCAGCCAGCUCAAACUGGCCUCCAUAGAUGAUAAGAACUGGCCGGCAGAUGAAGACCCUGCUUUUCCCAAAUCAGAGGACUCCAAAGGCUCCCCUGAGGCUGUCACUCACCUGCGGUGGGAUGAUCCCUACUACGAUAUUGCCAGGCACCACAUUGUGGAAGUAGCAGGUGAUGACAAAUAUGGAAGGAAAGUUAUUUUGUUCAGUGCCUGUCGGAUGCCCCCAAGUCAUCAGCUCGACCAUGUGAAACUGCUGGGGUACCUGAAAUUCACACUGGACCAGUAUGUGGAAAGUGAUUACACACUGGUGUAUCUACACCAUGGCCUGACUAGUGAGAACAAGCCAUCCUUGAGCUGGCUGCGGGAUGCCUACAGGGAAUUUGAUCGCAAGUACAAGAAGAACAUCAAAGCCUUGUAUAUUGUGCAUCCAACCAUGUUCAUCAAGACCCUUCUGAUUCUCUUCAAACCUCUGAUCAGCUUUAAGUUUGGACGAAAGAUUUUUUAUGUGAACUUCCUUAGUGAGCUGGAGGAGUAUGUAAAGCUGGAACAGUUGGGAAUCCCAAGUCAAGUGCUGAAAUACGAUGAAUAUCUCAGAUCCCUCCAGAAACCUUCGCAAGUGCCCCAGAAGCCAACGCCUCCACGCCCACCACUGCCAAACCAGCAGUUUGGAGUCUCGCUCCAACAUCUCCGGGAGAAGAGCCCUGAUCAGUCUCCUGUUCCCCUGGUGGUCAGAGAGACCAUUGCUCAUUUGCAGGAGCAUGGUAAGUGCUUGGGGAGGCUGGGCCCUUCUUAAUUCCGUGCUGUUGGCCUCUCUUCCACCCUGUUCUAAUCCACAGUGUGUUCAGACACAGCAGGGCAGCAAUAUAGGGUAAGGUGUAAAGGCCUGACCCAAGUGGGUUAGCCUUGAAGAGGUCGUACAGUUUCAUGGCUGGAAGACAUUUUUCUUUCAGUUGUCCAUCCUGUCACUUGUAUAAGAGUAGUAAAUGCUGCUUGUAUCCUUUGCCUGCUGCUGAACGCAGGAAGAAUUGCAGUUCUGUUAAAAA